GCCACUGUUAUUGUUCAAUAGUGUUGGUCUUCAGUACUCCAGUAAAUUCACGCACUUGGGUCAUAUCCCCACUAGCACCCUGGAUGAUUCUGAAGGACUUGAUUCGUAAAGCUAACUCGGUUUUAUGUACAUUUCAUCAUGUGGAUCCUUUUGUGAAGACCUUUUUAAUCAAGUCUACUACCUGUUUCUCUACGGUGCCUCCAUCUGGUCUCUGGGUGCAAAACAAAUAAAACAGCUUGAAAUCGGUUUUAACAAAAUUCUGCGGAAGAUAUGGUAUCUUCCCAGAAAUUCUCAUUCUGGUAUUGCACAUUGAGUUGCACAUGUGGAUACCAUAAAGAAUGUUCUAUAUCGUCGGUUUUAGUCACUGCUCUCUUCUGCUCCUUUAUCACCACAUGCCUCAUAAGGUCUAUUUUUAUUGAGUCUUCACUUUCUGUUCCAUCUUUUACUGGUUACAACUGUCUGUAUGGUGCCAAACAUGUUAGAUAUUUUAAAGACACAGAGUACAACAUUGCCUGU